GAAUUCUUGAUCGGAGUGCUACUCUUUGCUUUAACAACUUUCAUCGCCCCUGUUGGGUUGCUACUGAUAAGGACGGACAUGCGUCGCUCGUCUACUGUAAGCACAACAGAGGAUCACGUGCUGAAAGGGCACACCAUUCGCAAACAACAUACUUAUGACUUCCUGUCAUGCGCACAGCUAUGUUUGGCACACCAAAGCUGCAUGUCGUUUAAUUACCAAAGCAUCGAAAAUGGAGUUUGCGAGUUGAACAGAGAAGUUUCACCUGCAAGCAUUUCAGUGACACUCACCUCUAAAAGGGGGUAUACUUUUGGACACUUUGUUGACACAAGUGUGAGUAUAAUAUAUUCAUUCAUUGUACUGUUUACUUAACGUUCUUUGGGCUAUCCCACCUUUUUUUCGUUUAGUGUCGAAUGCGUUUUCUGAUAUUGGGUCGGUCGGUCGGAUUGAAAAAAAAACACCUAAAAAAAACCCAAGAAGUCUCGGAAUAGAAGGCCCUGGUACCCCAGGACGUCAUUAAAAGUUAACAUUCAUAUAUUUGGAUUAACAAAAUGCACAAUAUACUGUAAGAAAUGUUCAUGUUUUUGUUCCUGUUGUUCUCUGUGCUGUUAGUAUGCCCAUUUUUCAGAUUAAAAGAAUUAUUUCAAGAGAAAAAUGGUUUAACUAUGUCGUUACUUUUUUUUCCUUGAAAAUGCCAAAAAUUUGGGUCGGUCCGACGACGCCAAACGGAGAAAAAAGAGAGAAUGGCCUUAGUCAGCCAGACUCAGUUAAAAUAAGCUUUAUUAGUAUAGGCAAUAGCAUGAUUUGUAGUAAUACUUGGCAUAAGUACCACGAGUGAUGUUGCAAAAUUGUUAUUCGUAAUUUCACGAGCCGUUAGGCGAAUGAAAUUUGAGACAAUUUUGAAAUAUCACUCGUGGUAUUUACGCUAAAUAUCAGGUACAAAUCAUGCUAUCAAUUUGUUUACACUACUACCCGCAAAAGGUUUGUAAUUUUCACCAGUAGGUAUUUAACAAUUAAUGAAUUCGGCUUUCGCAUCUUAUGAAGAAUUAUGGAGAUCGAGGAGGGUGUUAUCUGCCGAGGCCGUAGGAUAACACCCUCCGAAAUAAUUCCUAGUUUAAAAACAUAGCUAAAACGUGCUUACCUCCAUCAAUGUUAAGUUCAUCUUCUAUAGUGCACGUUUUGGGUUGUUCAGCUCCGCUAAUAUUCUCCAAUAGCAGAUGUCACCCUUCGAGUUGUCUUCUUGCUGUUCUUUCCAUGUUUUUAUCUAUUAUUUCGCCUAGCUCUUACUCUUGACACGAGUGAAAUGUCCGGCAUUUUUGUUUUCACAACCAACACAACUCAACCUCGUCCCCAGGUCUUCUCGGUUAACGGUACAUUAACCUGCAAGGAAGCUGCACUUUUAACGUCAUCGGUUGAUUAAUCGCAAAAUUAUUCCAAAUUUAGUCAUCAGUAGGCGGUUUAUGGUGAAUUAUGCGUGUGCUUUUAGCCAAUCAGAAAGGGAGAAAUAUUUUGAAUGAAUAAUAAUUCUCUAAGCCCAUCAAAUUGCAGAAAUUUCUCAUGUAGUAGUAUAAACAAAGAAAUAAGUGAAGAACUCUAUUAAAUAACACAUCAAACUGUUCAUCAUAUCUUUCAUAUGUCAAGCCUGACUGUGCAGCAUAUCAUUUACUGCAUUUAUAUGUCACUUUGCUAGUCGGCAAUGUAACUUAAAAUAGGCACACCCAAUUAACUAAAUCGCCCUACCUUACAACUUAGCCUCAACACCUUGAUGGUGUUUAACAAAAGAAAUGAAUAAGAAACAUGAUCUUAAUGCCUCUAUUUUAUUCAGAACGUACCACCUUUUCGCUUUUUGGGCUUAUUGGUUUAUGCCCUAUCCUCCCUCUCCCCUCCCAGCUCCCCACCCCCCUCAAGAAAAGAAACCUAAAUUGCUCUUCCACGCAAGUAAAGAAAAGAUAGUACAUUGCAAGCCUGCCUUUUCAAAAGGAUAUUACUGUAAUAUAUCAUCCUAUCUAUAUCUACAUUCUUUCACAAGAAAGUAGAAAUUUAUAUUCAUAGCUGAGGCACAUGCAGAUAGGGUGUGGAGCUUGAGCUAGGAGCCGUGGGAUUUAUUCCCAAAAAACCAAGAGAGAAAAAUUCCUCAGGAGUAUCAAUUUUUGUGAGCAAAGUUAAAAGGGUGGCAACGAAAAAUACGUACAAAAAAUGAUAAAGUACAAGGGCCUAGCUUAGGCAAAUUCACAAAUUAGAGCAUAAAUCCUCUAUAAAUGCUACACGGUCUCGUCGCGUAGGCUAUCUGAAAACUUUUAAAGGAAUAGAGCAGUAUACAAGUAAGAAAAUAACAACUACAGAUUUAGCAGUGUACUUCUAGCACUGGACAUUUCUUUAGUCUACAAAUUGACCUGAACUACCUUAUUCAUUUUAGGGGCCUGAUAUUUCAGCCGGCGGAGGACGAAAUGGUGAGUUAACAGACAGGCAGAUGAUGGUCUACUUGGUCCCGGUUACGUAGGGGGGAAGGGGGAAGGGGGCUGGUCCCGGUUGUUUAGUAGUAAUAGAUUGACCUCUUUUAACUCUUCCUUUGUCUUAGACGUUUUAGGCGUUUUAGUGAUUAUUCACCUUUUCUCUAAUUACUUCAGACCAUAAAUAUGUCUUUACGACACUGGGUGCCAGAGAAGAAACUGGGCCAAGUGAUAUAUCUGGAUAUGCAGGAACGUCACUGGAAGGAAAGGUUACUUUAAACAACGGAAUCCAAAUUUGGACUGUGCCCGUGACUGGAACUUAUGUUAUUGAAGCAUCAGGUGGCUCUGGGGGAAACGGUACCCACGGAACACAAUCUAUUCCGAUUUCUUGGAGGCUUGGUGGCUUAGGAGCAAAGAUAAUUGGAUCCUUCAAACUUUCACGAGGAACUCAAAUCAAAAUCUUAGUCGGACAGGAGGGUGGUACAUCUAUAAGCUUCCCUGAGAGACCAGGGGGAGGGGGUGGUGGAACGUUUGUAACCCUGUUUGAUAACACUCCACCUAUAAUUGCCGGAGGGGGAGGGGGAGGAGGGGCAGCACGUAACCAAUAUACCGACGGUGACCCAGGUCAGGCGACAGCGAAUGGGACUAAAUGUGGAGGAACAGGGGGCAAUGGGGGACAAGUCUGCAAUGCUGACACAGGGAACAUUGAUUAUAGAUUAGUUUCUGGAGCAGGAGCAGGACUAAGAGGGGAUGGGAAAGGCGGUUUUGCAAUUGCAACCGGGGCGUUGAGUUUUACCAAAGGGGGAACUGGGGGAACAUGUCCAGCUUCCUCUGGUGGUUUUGGCGGAGGUGGGUUUGCUAUGAGAAGUGGAGGGGGAGGGGGUGGUUAUUCCGGUGGGGGAGUUAUGGGGACCCGAAAAAAGGGUACCGCUGGGGGAGGGGGAUCAUAUAAUGCCGGUACAUAUCAGCAGAACAUAGCGGGUCUUAAUAAAGGUGAUGGUAAAGUUAUAAUAACUUUGAGGCGUUAA